AUGAGGAGUUCGACCAUUUUGCUCGUGUUGGCUUCUGUAGUGAUGGGAGAGACUGCCGUUGGCUCUGUGGCGACUGCUGUGGUGGUGGACUGUAGUGAAUUUCAGAGUAAGUUGUCGGCGGCGGAGAGCAAGAUAGGGGUGCAGGCGAGUGAGUUGAAGACGGCAGCGGCUAGUUUAGAGGCUCGGGCGCAGUUGGUGUCAGAGUUGGAAGCAGCGCGGACUAAGUUGCAGACGGAGCGGGCGAGUUUGGAACAGUCUCGGGCGUCGGUGGUAGCUGAAGUUGGAGCACUGAAGACCGAGCGGGACGGGUGGUUGAGUGCUAAGAGUGCGUUGGAGACGCGUUUAGAGAAGGAGACAAGUGCUUUGAAGGCACGUUUGGAUUCUGAAGUAAGUGCUUUGAAGGGUCAGGUUGAGGCCGCUAAGAAGACGGAGGCCGAGACUCGUGCUCUUUACGACGGUGCCAAAAAAGAGUUGGUCAGUUUGCAAUCACGCACCUCACAGCUCGGGCAACUGGAGACGAACUUGAGCGAGCUCGAGUCGAGCCUGAAGACCUGCGAACAAGACGCGAAGAAGCGCCAGGAUGCACUCACUCGCGAACAGGCGAAUGAGCGUGCUGAAAAUCAAAAAAAGCACACGGCCCUUACUCGACAGCUGACUAGCACGAGUGAGAAACUCGCACGACUUGAGUCGCGAAUAUUUUCUGAAGACCACCUUGCAGUGUUGUUGAAGAAUACAAGACGUGUGGCACUGGCGUUUGCUAACAAUGUACGGGCAAAUGUGAACAGGGUGUUUGAUGCAGAUGUUGUGGAGAUACUGCGACUACACUCGGCCAUCUUGACUGAGAAGGCAAGGCCGCAUGCCCGUCAAGCUGUUACUAUUUACCGCACACGUGUGGUGGAACCGUUUGUAAGACCGUACAUACUUGAACCGUAUGCCAUGCAGUACAGAGACAAGACACACGCACUUGUUAACGAGUACCGGGAGAAGGCAUACACUCUUCUCGAUAACCGUAUGAACCGUAUGCUCGACUCACUUAGCAAAUCAGACCCCGAAAUCAGACAGUUGUUCCCCGAGACAUUCUUCGGCAGACUUCUCGCAUUCACGUAUAUCUUCGCUGUCUUCUAUGCUGCACUCUCCGUCUUCUCCUACCUUACGGGAUUAAUCUGGAUCGCAAUAAAAAAAAUGGUCAGCGUGUUCUUUGUGGGAAAGACUACUACAAAGACAACCACCAAGAAAACUACGAGCGCACCUAACCCAACGACCAAACAACCUGUCAUAGGCAACCAAGCCACCGGCAAUAAGAACAUCCGGUUCCGGAAGUAA